UUGGCAUCCCCAAACGAAGAAUAUGGUGCGAAAAGAGAAUCCGCAGUCGGAAGAAACACGAGGGAAGGAAUCGUCAUUAUUUUCGAAAGCAGACAUUUCGUUUUAAAAUUCGUUCGAAAUUUAUAGGCGAUUUGCAAGCGAGUAUUCCCCAAUCGUAAUGUUCAGUUGGCCAACAAAUCGCAGCGCGAAAAAGCCAGAAAAAGACUGUUCCCGAGUGCGUUAGUGUGCGUGUGUCGGUGUCGCAGUCGGUGUGUGAAGCAAGAAGCAGAGAAAGAGAGUGUGUGGAGUGGAGUUAGGGAGUCCAGGGAGAGAGAGAGGGAGAGAGCAAAGAGCGUGUUGAAGGACGUGUGGGCAGAGCGGAGGAGGAUCUGCAGGAUCUGCGAGGAUCGCCGAUGACCAUUAGCUAACUGGGUGGCCAACACCUCCACCCAUCCCCUUCAAAAUUCCACCGCAAGUCCCCAGCCGGAGCAUCGCCAUGCCCGUUUCGAUGGCCGUGUGCGAAACGGCGAAUGUGGUCAAUGCCGCUCUGCGGGAAUCCCUUGGCGGCAACUCCUCGGGCUCCUCCGCCGACCAGGCCAAAGCCGGCGAGGACUCAUCCGGCAACCUGCAGAACCACUUGGUGGCCAAUGCCAAGCGCAUCCUGAUGGCCAAAAUCGAAUACGAGGAGGUGCCCAACUACAACGAAUCGGUGCUGGAUAACCUCAAGUCCAAAUAUAUUGUCAUCAAGCCUGGCAAUGCAGGCGCCAUCAAUGGUUUUGGUGGCAAAAACAACACUGGCAAAGUUGUGGGCGCAAAUGGACAUGACAAUAAUGGAGCUCGCAAGUCAACGGAGCACCCCAACAAUCAGUCGCAUCACAACAACCACAACAAUCAUCCGCAUCCCACUAACAAUCCCAAUGAGCUGCCCAAACCGAAGAGGGUCCUAUAUCCACGGGAGAACAUACGCAUCGGCUGGAAGCAGUCGGAGCGCAAAUGGCAGGUGGGCUCGGGCAUGAUCAACGUGGGCAACACCUGCUACCUCAACUCCACGCUCCAGGCGCUCCUGCACAUCCCCGCGCUGGCCAAUUGGCUCGUUUCGGAGCAGGCACAUCUGGAGAACUGCAAUGUGGCCGAAUCUGGUGGCUGCAUCGUCUGCGCCAUGGCCAAGACCCUGCAGGCCACACAAAGCAAUCAAUCGGCCGUCAGGCCCUUCCUCAUCUACUCGAAGCUGAAGCAGAUCUGCAAGCACAUGGUUGUCGGACGGCAGGAGGAUGCUCAUGAGUUUCUGCGCUUCCUCGUCGAGGCCAUGGAGCGAGCAUAUCUGAUGCGUUUCCGCAAUUACAAAGAGCUGGACCAGCUGGUGAAGGAGACCACUCCGCUGGGGCAGAUUUUCGGCGGAUACUUGCGUAGCGAGGUCCGCUGUCUGAGUUGCAACCACGUGUCCAUCACGUUCCAGCACUUUCAGGAUCUGUUGCUCGACAUCCGCAAGGCCGACUCUCUGGAGGAUGCCUUCGAGGGACACUUCUCUCGUGAGCGGCUCGAGGAUAUGGGAUACAAGUGCGAGGGCUGCAAGAAGAAGGUAUCUGCAACUAAGCAGUUCUCCUUGGAGCGGGCCCCCAUUACGCUGUGCAUCCAGCUUAAGCGCUUCUCCAUGAUAGGCAACAAAUUGACCAAGCAGAUAUCCUUUAAGCCACGCAUCGAUCUGAGCAAAUUCGCUGCCCGUUCACCAGCAGCCCAAGCUCAGCCACUCACCUACCGCCUGGUCUCGAUGGUCACCCACCUGGGAGUCUCCCAGCACUGCGGUCACUAUACGGCCAUUGGCUCUACGGAUUCGGGUAGCUAUUAUAACUUCGACGACAGCUACGUGCGGCCCAUUGCAAUGCAUAGUGUCUGCAACACAAAUGCCUAUAUUAUGUUCUACGAACUGGACCUGUCACAGGCUGCCAGUCCGGCGGCUAACAGGCCUAAUGGAGUGCGUCUGACCAACGGACACAGCCCGUUGGCAGUACCGGCGGCGACUGUGUCCUCGCCCUCGCCCUCGCCAACCCGUUUCAUCGGUCCCCAGCUGCCGCCCGGCGGAAUUAAUGGCUACAGCAAUGGCAAUGCCCAGAAGACGGCUAUCCAAUUCAAGCAGCACCACCAGCAAAAUCUGCAGAACGGUCUCCAGCUGGGGACCGGAAAGUUUCAGGAAUCUGCGAAGCCUUCACUGGCUGGCACACUCGCUAAAGGCGAUGCUACUCCAGCUCCCACUGCAAAUGGUAACAAAAGUUCCUCCACCAGCAGCAACAGCAGCAACCACAAAUCAAUGAACCAGCAACAAUAUCUGCCAAUCUCCUCGGAGGAUGAAGACAGCGAAGAGGAGAUGAAGCCCAGGCCAACGACAGCCCAGCUGCCGAGCAUGCCCAAGAUGACGGAGGAUCACACGGAGAAGCCAAAGUCCCCGAUGAAGGUCCAAGUAAAGACUCCCGUCAAAACGCCACUGAAAAGUCUAGUGCCCUACGAAUCCGCCUCCGAGGAGGAGGAGACGCCACUGCCCAAUCCCCGCAAGCGUCGAAGUGGAUCCGACUCUAGCGAGUCGGAGCAGGAGUCUGGACAGACCAAUGGUCACUGCAAGACCAACGGUCACACCAACGGCUCCGCCUCGUCAUCGGUUCACGUUAACAACAGCAAACAAAAGACUGAUGCCAUAGACGAGAUAUUCAAGAGCCUGAAAAAGUCGGCCGAAAGUGAGGACGACGACGAUGAGGAGGAGGAGCCAAACAUCCAGCUAACGAAUGGCUGGCACCCACAGAAGCAAUCGCAGUCACAAAGCAGAGCACCGCCCUCGCCAAAGACGCCACCCUCGCCUGCAGUUAUCAAAUCGAAGACGGGUAUCUGGAAAGUUACCCGAAACGAUGACGUUCAAGCAAACGACGACGACGAUGAUGAUGAUGACGAUGAGGAGGAGGAAGCGCCGGCAGCCAAAAUCCAGACGCCCAGCAAGACGCAUCGCAAUCCGUUCGCCAGUAGCAAAGCCUCCGCAGACUCACCGACAACGCCAGGCGCCAAGCGCCAAAAGUUGCUCAACGGCAGCGCAGUCAAGUCGCACCAACAGCCAAGGGUCGGUAAUGGAUACCAGAGCGAGCCCACCUCCAAUGGAAGCACCAUUAACGAGCUGCUGAAGCAAUCGCAUCGUGGAUACGGCUCUUCAGUGCUCAGUUGGAAUGGCAAGCCCGCGGAGCUUGAGAAAGAGCUACUGGUGGAUGCGAGAGAGCAGCGGCAGCGGGACCUCGAUGACGACGAAGAAAACGAGAUGGAUCGCGGUCGGCAGCGCAAGGUGAAAUCUGGAUCGGCCAAGGGAAACAAUAGCAGCAAUGCCAGCAACAGCACGCCCGGCUACAAUCCAUUCCAGGAGUACGAGGGCCAGAAGCGCUGGAACAAGAAUGGCGGAGGAGGUGGCGGAUUUCCGCGCUUCUACAACCAGAACUUUCGCCAGAACUAUCAGCAGCGCCACAAGUUCAAGUUCAACCGCUUUGGCGGGCCAGGCAGCACCAAGUUCCAGCGCCAGGCCCUCCAGCGUCACAUGGCCGCCGGAGGUGGCUUUAACCGGCGACAGCCAUCGGCACAGCAGCAGCAGCAAUCCUAACUGGAUGCGGAUUGGCGAGGAUCAGAAGGAGGAGACGUCGAAGCGACUGCGGCGUGUGCAUUUGUUAUUGGAUUUCAAUUUCGCAUGAGUUUUGUAAACGUUUUUUAACUGCUGAUGAACAUAUUAGAAGUAGGAGUAGCCGUAGGACUGUAAGCUAUAAGCUAGAGCGUAACUGUUGCCCCCAGAAUCAUCCCGAAUCCUUACCCCAUCACGGCCCCAUUAGCAUCUAAGCCUAUCAAUAAGUAUGAGAAAAGAAUGCGAGAUUGUUUUUUGGCAUUUUUAUUGUGUUUGGCAGGAUUACGUUUCAAUACAUUGGAGCGGUAGCCUUGCGUCUGCGAGGAUUUAAGGUUACCGCUCUAAGGCCGUCACGCUCUAAUGUUUCAUUUUUAAAAAAUGUUACUCCCGAAAAAGCAAACACCUAAAACGCCUAACAGCUGCGCAUAAUGGAAAUAAAGCAACCCAAUAUUUUAAGACUAAUUCUAGAAACCAAGCAAGUAAAGUUUGUACAUAGAUUUCGAGAAUAGACCUAGACCCAUGAAAAAUCGAGUGUAAUUUUAGCGGCGCCCCCCUUUUAUUUAUAGAGCAUAACCGAACAGCGGCGAGCAGCGAUAUUGCCAAUGUUAAUAACCCAAAAAAAUAAAGCAUGUUGGAUGUA